GCUGCAAAAUGAACGCAUCAACCCACGGUACCGACCUAGCAUAAACGAAGCAAAAGACCACUUCACAAUUACGAAGCAAACGACACAUACUUCUUCUUCUUCUUCCUCCUCACAGCUCUCGCUGCCGAUCUCAUACUCCCCAAAACGGAAAUUUGGAUAGAGUUGAUCAAGCUCACUGAUGGGUUUCAGUUCUGUUUACCGAUCUCUAACGGAGAUAUUUCCUCAGAUUGAUGCACGAAUACUGAGGGCUGUUGCAAUAGAACAUCCCAAGGAUGCUGAUGAGGCUGCUGCUGUAGUUCUAUCAGAGAUUGUUCCUUCGUUGCCUUCAAAUCUGUCCAAUAAUGUUACUGAAUCUUGGAACAAAUUGUCUGGAAGUAUUUCAGAGCGUGAAGUAGAACGUGAUUUGGAAGAUGUUGUUUCUAGGUGCCGCGGUUUUCUUGUAGCUUCUGGCUCAAAGUCCAGCGCCUCUUCUUCUUCAGAAACUGUCCCCCGGGUUGCUGGUUCUGGCCACGAUACCAGUGCUUCAAGUACCAAAUUGCUCUCAGAUAGGAACGAUCUAACAAAUUUGCCACUAGAUGUUGGUCGUGGUGUUUGGCAUAAAGAUGUCGAAAGUGAGGAAGUCCAUCCUUUGAAAAGGGCUCCUCGAAAAACGCACAGAAAAAAUGAUUUCUUUGGUAACUGUUAUGAUGUUCCGAGCGAAGCAGAAAUUGGUUCCGUGGUCUCUGCUGUCGCCCAAGACAACCUCAAAUCAACUAGCGAUUUUUGGCAAGAUCUUGAUUUCGAUCUGACAUGGAAUCUAGCAGAAUCAAGCACAAGCAUAAGUUCAGAAAAUGCUGUACAGAAGAUGGUCGAUUUAACUCCUAGAGACAAUAUGAACAAUAUACAGCAGGGUUCAUGUUUUGAAGUUGGGACUGGGAGUACAAAUGUUGUGGAAAAGAGUUCAAAGGAUACAUUGGCCAGUGAAAUUGGUGAUACCGAACUAGGUGGUGCUUUUAGCUCAUCAACUCAUGGAUGCAGUGUUGAUCACCUUGAAGAGAUUAUCGAAGAUGCCAAAAGUAACAAGAAAACCUUUCUCACUGUGAUGGAAUCAGUCAUGAAUCUGAUGAAAGAAGUUGAACUUCAAGAGAAGGAUGCGGAGAAGUCAGAGGAGAACGCUGCUAGGGGAGGUUUGGAUACUCUUGAAAAGGCUGAGGAGCUCAAGAAGAUGCUGGAACAUGCCAAGGAAGCGAAUGACAUGCAUGCUGGAGAAGUAUAUGGGGAGAAGUCAAUUUUGGCCACUGAAGCAAAAGAGCUUGAAAACCGCUUGGUCAACUUAUCAGAAGAACGACACAAAUCUCUUGCUGUCCUUGAUGAGAUGCGUGAGACUCUUGAAAUAAGACUAGCGGCAGCAUUGGAGAUGAAAAAGGCUGCUGAGCAAGAAAAGAAGGAAAAAGAAGACUCUGCACUUAAGGCACUUGCUGAACAAGAAGCCAUCAUGGAGAAAGUAGUCCAAGAAUCAAUGGUUCUACAGAAGCAGGCAGAGGAAAACUCCAAGCUUCGAGAGUUUCUUAUGGAUCGUGGUCAGGUUGUUGAUUCCUUACAAGGAGAAAUUUCUGUCAUCUGUCAAGAUGUGAAGCUGUUGAAAGAGAAAUUCGACAACCGAGUGUCAUUAAUAAAAUCAAUCUCCUCGAGCCAGACUAGUUCAUGCGGAUCAUCUAUGAGAAGCUUAGUGCUUGAGAAUCCUGCUGAGCCCUUGAAUGGAGUGCUUGAAACCUCAAGCAACAAGAAGAGCCCAGAAGAAGCAGUUUGCUCCACGAACAAAGAGAGAGAUAUUUGCAGAGAGCUUCUUGAAGAUGGUUGGGACAUCUUUGACAAGGAGAUCGAACUUUAAGGUGGGAUGUUGCUGAAGAAUGUACAUAUAGGGUUCUUAUUCAAAUACAAAAAUGCUUUAACUAGAGAAUAAAAUGGAAUUUGCUCACUACUUUUGUAGACCAAAUUUCGAUCGGGGAUUGUAUGGUGGUACUACCUUUAUUUGACUUGUGAGUUAUGAGCUAUUAUGGUUUUCCUCAGUUGCUUUGAUA